AUUUUGAAAUAUAAUUUUUCUUCAAAGACCAGGAAAAGAAAAAAUCUGAGGACAACUGAUACUCCAGACAAAAUGAGGCGGUGGACGCAAAAACUGAAAGCACAAAUUGUGUUUUUUAUCAUCUGCACCUGCGUUAUAUGCCAGUGUGGACUGAUAAACGGAGAAAUAUGCUCAAAUCAGGACAUUCGGAACAAUGUGACCAAGUUUCAGUCUUUGGAAAACUGCACCGUCAUCGAGGGACACCUGAAGAUUCUGCUCAUGUUCAAGACCAAGGCCGAGGACUUCCGAGGCCUCAGCUUCCCAAAGUUGCGAGUGGUGACAGAUUACGUGCUGCUGUUCAGAGUUUACGGCCUGGAGACCCUCAGUGAUCUGUUCCCCAACCUGACUGUGAUCCGUGGCAACAACCUCUUCUUCAACUAUGCUCUUGUGAUUUAUGAGAUGCUGCAUUUGAAGGAGCUCGGCCUGCACAGUCUGAUGAAUAUCACCCGGGGAGCUGUGGGAAUUGAGAAGAAUCCAGACCUCUGCUACCUGGCCACCCUGGACUGGUCCAAGAUUCUGGACUCUGUUGAGGACAACUUUAUUAUGGCCAAUAAGAAUGAGAGGGAAUGUGGAGAUGUAUGUCCAGGCACGGUGCAAGGUCAGACCAUCUGCCCACAGAACACCAUCAACGGACACUUCAGGAGUCGAUGCUGGUCGCAGAACCACUGUCAGAGAAUGUGCUUGGACAACUGCAAACACGGUGCCUGUAGCCUCCAGGGUCACUGCUGCCACGACGAGUGCCUGGGCAGCUGCAUUGAGCCUGGAAACGCAAGUAGCUGCCUGGCCUGCAGGAACCUCCAGCACGGGGACACCUGCGUAGACAAAUGUCCGCCUGGAUACUACGUCUUCAAGGGAUGGCGCUGUGUCAGCUUCUCCUUCUGUCAGGACCUUCACAACAAGUGUGUACAGAGUAAGAGGCUGAACGAUCACCUGGAGAUGAACUGUGUAGAAUAUGUCAUCCAUAAUGGAGCCUGCAUUCCAGAGUGUCCCUCAGGAUACACUAUUAUGAACUCCACCAUGUUGACCUGUUCGCCGUGCGCAGGCCUCUGUCCUAAACUGUGUGUGGGAAAUAAGACCAUCGACUCCGUAACUUCAGCCCAGGCUUUGAGAGGCUGCACUGUUCUCCACGGAAACCUGGUCAUCAAGAUACGAGGAGGGAAUAACAUUGCUGCCGAGUUGGAGGCCAGCCUGGGUCAGCUUGAGGAAAUCAAAGGAUUCCUGACAGUUCGCAGAGCAUACGCUCUGGUCUCUCUGUCUUUCCUACGAAAACUACGCAUCAUCAGAGGGGAACAUCUUGAGACAGAUGUUUACGCCUUUUAUGCACUGGACAACCAGAACCUGAGAGAAUUGUGGGAUUGGUCCAAGCACAACCUGACCAUCGAACGUGGUCGCACAUUCUUCCACUACAACUCCAAACUCUGCUUGUCUGAGAUCAGAAAAAUGGAGGAGGUUACAGGAACCAAGGAGCGCAACCAGAAGAACGACAUCGCUUUACGAAACAACGGGGACCAAGCUUCUUGUGAGACACAGCGGCUGGAGAUCUCUAUGAUAAGGACCACGGCGACUAUGAUCAUUCUGAAGUGGUUGGCGUUUUGGCCGACAGAUUUCAGAGACCUGAUUGGGUUCAUGGUUCUCUACAAGGAGGCUCCAUAUAAGAAUGUCACAGAGUUUGACGGCCAGGACGCAUGUGGUUCGAACAGCUGGGCGAUCGCUGAUGUCGACCCUCCGCCCCGUCCAACUGAAGGCAGAUCUGCGGAGAAUCCCGCGUACCUAAUCGGACGGCUGAAGCCCUGGACGCAGUAUGCUAUCUUGAUAAAAACCCAACUGUCCGCGUCGGACGAGCAUCAGGUUCACGGAGCCAAGAGUGAGAUCAUCUAUGUCCGCACCAACGCCUCCAAGCCCACGGUCCCUCUGGAUCCCAUUUCCUCGUCCAACUCCUCCUCCCAGAUUAUUCUCAAGUGGAAGCCUCCAGCAAGUCCCAACGGCAACAUUACCCACUAUCGGGUCAUCUGUCACAAGCAGGCGGAGGACAGCGACCUCUACAAGUUCGACUACUGUCUACAGGGGAUGAAGCUACCUUCACGGACUCCCACCCACCUGGACUACGAGGAAGAGCAGAAAUGGAAUCACACGGACGAGCCGCUGUCAGGUGGCAGGUGCUGUGCCUGCCCCAAGACGGACAGCCAGCUGAGGAAGGAACAGGUGGAGCUCGAGUACCGCAAGGCCUUUGAGAACUACCUCCACAACGAAGUGUUUCUGAGCAGGCCGUCUCGUCGACGACGCUCGGUGGGUGUGGCCAACACCACUGAGCCCCCGUACUUCCUCACCACAGUCCCUAGUUUACUGUUUGACCCCGACAAAUCCAGCUCUGAAGAUGAAGACAAGGAAGAGGAAGGAUCUAAGGUGGAGCUCAAGGUGUUUUCAAAGGAGUCGACAGUCAUUUCCAACCUGCACCAUUUCACCAGUUAUAAGAUAGAGAUCAUGGCCUGCAACCAUCCCACGGACCUCAAACGCUGCAGCAUUGCUGCUUUCGUCAGUGCCCGAACCAUGCCCAAAGAGAAGGCAGAUGACGUUCCAGGCCCUGUGACCCAUGAGAUAGUGUCCGCUGAGCCUCCGUACGUGUUGAUUAAGUGGAAUCCACCCUUGUCGCCCAACGGCCUCAUCAUUCUCUAUGAAGUGUUUUACAGGAAAGUUGGAGACACAGAGAUUCACACAGCGUGUGUGUCACGACCAGCCUACCUCAAAUCAGGUGGCACGAAGCUGCCACUCCUGCAGCCGGGGAACUACAGCGUCAGGGUCCGAGCGACGUCCUUGGCAGGAAACGGUUCUUAUACAGAGACCACCUACUUCUUCAUGCCCAACCCGGACCCCGGUCUGGUCUGGAUCGUGAUUGGCCCAGUCUUCUGCUUCAUCCUGCUACUGUUUGUUGGAGGCGGAGUCUUCUGGAUCUUGAAGAAGAAACAAAGUGAAGGUCCGACCGGACCGCUCAUCGCCUCCUCCAACCCUGAGUACAUCAGCGCUAAUGACGUCUAUGUUCCAGAUGAAUGGGAGGUUCCCAGGGAGAAGAUUAUGGUGAUGAGAGAACUGGGUCAGGGCUCCUUUGGAAUGGUGUAUGAGGGAAUCGCCAAGGACAUUGUUAAAGGAGACCCGGACACUCGUGUAGCUGUCAAGACGGUGAAUGAAUCGGCCAGCCUGCGGGAGAGGAUCGAGUUCCUCAACGAAGCCUCCGUGAUGAAGGCCUUCAGUUGUCACCACGUGGUUCGUCUCCUGGGAGUGGUUUCCAAAGGUCAGCCCACUCUCGUAGUAAUGGAGCUCAUGACCCACGGUGACCUGAAGAGCUACCUGCGGAGCCUCAGACCAGAUUCCGAGAACAACCCGUCCGGCCGUUCACCCCCUACUCUGAAGGAGAUGAUCCAGAUGGCUGCAGAAAUUGCAGAUGGCAUGGCCUACCUCAACGCCAAGAAGUUUGUGCACAGAGAUCUGGCUGCCAGGAACUGCAUGGUGGCAGAGGACUACACUGUAAAGAUCGGAGAUUUUGGAAUGACCAGAGAUAUCUAUGAGACAGACUACUAUCGUAAAGGUGGGAAGGGUCUGCUUCCUGUCAGGUGGAUGGCUCCGGAAUCCCUGAAGGACGGAGUCUUCACUGCCCAUUCUGACUGCUGGUCUUUCGGUGUUGUCCUGUGGGAGAUCACUACACUGGCAGAGCAGCCGUACCAAGGUUUAUCCAAUGAGCAGGUUCUGAAGUUUGUCAUGGACGGAGGAUACCUGGACCGACCUGAGAACUGUCCAGAGAGAAUGCACAACCUGAUGCAAAUGUGCUGGCAGUACAACCCCAAGAUGCGGCCGUUGUUCCACGAGAUCAUCGAGAUGCUGCGGGAGGACCUGCACCCGUCUUUCCAGGAGGUCUCCUUCUUUUACAGCGAGGAGAACAAAGUCCCGGAGACUGAGGAGUUUGACCUUGACCUGGAAAAUAUGGAGAGCAUCCCUUUGGACCCUUCGUCGUACUCCCAGAGGGAGGAGAGCUUAGGCAGGGACAGCGGGCCCUCUGUGGCCCUGAGGGGGAACUACGAGGAGCACGGUCCCUACACACCCAUGAACGGUGGAAAGAAAAACGGACGAAUCUUAUCGUUGCCGAGAUCCAGCCCUUGCUAACGUUUCCUGUUCCCCGAAUGAACUUCUCGAAGCGCCUCCGCUCCUCCUCCUUCCCUCCUGUUCCAGUCCGUGUUUUUCUCUCGCGUUCGUCUCAUGCUCCUCACCUUUUUUUCCCCUAACAAUUCUUAUUUUUUGGAGAAUCCUUUCAAGAAAUAUGAUACCCAGAUCUCAGGACUUUUUCUUUUUCUUUUUCAUGGCUGCCACUCACAGGCCAAGGGAUGCAAACACAGUGCAACACCUUUUAAUCGUUCUCACCAACACGCCGGGCUGUCGGAUUAACGUACCUGUUGUUUUUCGUGCUUUUCCCCGUUUCCAGGACUCGUCUGUUGUGAUGGAAACGCAGAGAAAGACAAGAAACGAGAAAAACAAACUGUGAACUCCACAAACCUUAGACAACCAACAUGGCUGCUUAAACUCCAACCUCCUCAAGACUCACCUGCUCGUUUCUCUCCCUCCCACGGAAUCUGCUUUUUUUUUUUUUCCCACCCGUUCCUUUUCUUCCCAGUGAAAUCCUUUUACUCAGAUAGUGGCCUUCUGAUAUGUGGCCUGUAAACAAAGAGAAGUCUCUGUGACAAACACACUAAUAUCCUUCUGAACAAUUCAGAUUCAGUUUUUGGAACAGCGGGAAAAGAACGCGCAAAGACCUGAUCCUAGAACAAAACAUUUAUUCCUAGAAUGUUUUUCUGUUUCCUUGUCGUUUUUUUUUUUUUUUUUUUUUUUUGUCCUGUUUUGGUUCUGCAGAAUUCCAAACUACACACAGAUUCAUCGGGUGUUUCGUGAAUAAUUUUAAUUUAUUUACUUUUACUGUUAUUCUCUCUCUCUCUGAUUUUUCUUUCUGAUCUUUUUUUUAAAUUUCUGUGUCUGGACUAUUUGGCUGAAGGAUAUUUAAACAGUUAAGAUUUGGACAAAAGAGUUCCUCAGACUGACCAAUAGCUGCUGCUUUGAUAUAUUUUAGUGGGUAUAUAAAUCUCUAAAUAUAUAUAUAUAUAUACAAUACAUGUAUAUAUAUAUAUAUAUGUGUGUGUGUGUGUAUAAUAUAUAUGGGAUGUUGGUAUUUCCAUACCAAUGUUUUAUAUAUAAUAUAUGACAUACUGAUGUUUUUGUAAAUAGUUCUUAUUAUUGUAUGAUUUUUAUUCUGUUAGUAUUUUUGUUUCGACAGAUGUUUUUCUUUUUCUUUUUCUUUUCUUUUCAACCCUUGACUACCGACAGUGCUCUCUGUGUCUUCGGCCUCCAGACACCAACCCUUCAAGCACUUUUUUCCCCCAUUUGAAUAGGAAAAAAGAAAAAGAAAAAAGAAAGCCACAAAAUGUCAAGUCAGCCGUCGACUCACUGCUCAUCUUUUCAAGGUAUCGACCUCGUCCACGCCGAGGGAUGUUGAAGCGACAGAGAAAUCAGACUCACAAAAACAAAAAGGAACGGAAGUAGAAAAACCAAAAAAAAAAAA